GGAUGGACGCGAAAAGACAGACAACCACCGAAACCGAAGGCAGAAGGCAUGUGUUCGCUCCGAUGAGAAUCUAACUCCGAACACGAAGCUGCUGCUCCGUCUUCGUCUUCGUCUUCGUCUGCUCCAGAGAGCAAGCGUGAAUUAGGCCAACCUUAUGCCCCUGCUCUCUGCCUUUUAAAUAAAGCAAAGGAUGACAUCAGUCUUAUCUAUCUAGACAUAUACAUGUUUGAAAGGGGUUUUCGCUGUGGUGUGUUGUAGAAAGACAGACAGGGUCUUCGGCGGCUUUGUCUGGAGGAUAUCAUAUGGCAGUCACCAGGAUUUAUGUAAUUUACUACUCCUUGCACGGUCACGUAGAGACGAUGGCAAGGGAGGUUCUCCGAGGGGCAAACACUGUUCCAGAUGUGGAGGCCACACUCUGGCAGGUACCUGAGACUUUGCCCGAGAAAAUACUCGACAAAGUGCAGGCUGCUCCAAGAGCAGACAACGUGGCCGAGAUCCGACCCGAACAACUUGCUGAGGCUGACGGCUUUAUGUUCGGUUUCCCUUCGAGGUUUGGAGUGAUGGCAUCUCAAUUCAAGGCCUUCUUUGACUCCACACACGAGCUUUGGGCAUCCCAAAAACUUGCCGGAAAACCCGCCGGAAUCUUCUGGAGUACCGGUUUCCAUGGCGGAGGCCAAGAGCUCACUGCAUUGACGGCAGUGACACAACUGGCUCACCAUGGAAUGAUAUUUGUACCAUUGGGUUACACAUUUGGCCGUGGAAUGUUCGAAAUGGAAGAGGUGAAGGGCGGCUCACCGUACGGUUCAGGGACUUAUGCAGCAGAUGGCAGACGCCAGCCGACUGAGCUUGAGCUCCAACAAGCCCAUCACCAUGGCAUGUACUUUGCCGGCAUAGCCAAGAAGCUCAAGAACCAGUCCUCCGUCUAGAAACUAUAAACUCUGUGUUUCUGUAAACAAACAAAGAAUGUCAAUUGGUGAGGUCUGUUUAUGUAGUCGCAAAUGUAAAUAAGCAAAGUUGAAUUUGUUCAAAAUAA